AUGGACCUUCCGAAAAUCCUCGCCGCAAGUCAAAAUGGUAUCCUUAAAUACCUCGACAUGCACAGUCUAUUCCGACUUGCCAUGACAAGCCAUCAAAUGUGGAAUCUAAUCGAACAUUCCGCAGGCAAACGUUGGCCCGGCUUGCUCGAGUAUUGGCCCGGAACUCACGCUGACCUGUGGACCUUCAAAUUUACCGGUGAAGGCGAAAUGGACCCGAUUUUAUUGGGGGAGAGUGCUCAAGGAGUCCUAUUACGGAAUGCCUAUGCUCACCGGAUCACCCUGAAGCAGCCUGGGUGUCCUGAAUUGAAUAUGAAGACCCGAACCAUUUUGCUGCAAUAUAAUGCUGAAGAUUUGUUGACGUUGCUCGACCAAUUCCGGGCUUUAAAGCAGCGGUAUCGAUAUUUGGGAAUCCGGCAACUUGUGCCGAAUCCGGAAAUUGUGGAGCUGCUGAAUUCAUCGACAGAAAACGUCUCAUUCCAGGCUACCCAAUCUCUCCCCGCCUACGCCGGUUUGAAGGUCGACACCAUUAACAUUGCUGUAGAGGAUGAACUUGACCACCAAGUCCUACCAUAUAUGAAGCAGGUCAUCGGCGAAUGGAUACGAAAUGAACGCCAAAUCCUCUGGAUUACGAUUAAUGGAGACGAAGACUUCGGGGUGAAGAACGAGGACUUCUAUGAGUACGGCGCCGAUUUCCCGAGCCCUGAAAAAGCUAACACGCAGAUAAAAUGCUACGAUCCAUUACCAUUUGCAAUCUCUGGUUUUCCGAUCACUUACGAGAAAUGUACAAAGGUUUGGCCGAUCAGCGACUGGUACGACGCCAUUUUGUAUGCAUGUACAUAUGUGAUAAAAUCAUUGGAGCUACAGAUGCGUUCCAUCGAUACCGGACUUUUCCAAGAGUUUGCCGUAUCAGUUCGCGUCAUGGAAUGGGCGAAUUCGCAAUAUGACGUUAUUCUAUUCCCACAAUCUAUCGCGGAUCCAUGGCCCGCCAAGCCUCACCAUCCCGCGGUGGCCUUCCUCUUGCCAGCUUUGCAUAUCUGGACUGUCGUGCUAAUUGCACCCGAUAACCUAACAAACGAGACCUACCCAGACAUCACCGUCGACGCGUUUUUCUAUAAAGAAUUCGAUCAACAAGGGCUGAGCGAUGCCUAUCGAAUCCCUCUAUACGUUGGACCAGACCCUGGGAUGAGCACGAAAAAUCUGAUCGUGUCGAAUCGAGAUUUCAUGCAGCAUCUGCAUUGCUCGGUCGCAACUCUCAUGGGCCAGUAUGAGGACCUGGACAUCUAUCUAACAAUCUAUUUUAAUGCCCGAGAAAAACCCGAGACGGUGGAAGACAGUUUCCAGGACAUCAUUAUAACGAGCCCAAAGUAUCCAUGGAUUUUCGAUGAGUCCGAUGAUGUGAUCUUUUCGUCGUUGGCUGAAGUCAAUAGUUAUUAUGACAAUGUGCCAAUGGACGUCGUGCUCACCGCCAUCGAGGGUGGAACUGUGCUUUUGAAAACGGCAAGCCAGCUGGAGAACUUUACGAAAAUACUGACGGCAGCUGAUCUAGGGCAGCGAUUGCAACUAACAGCCAAGGACCUUAAUGCCACAUUCCAUCCGGAUCCGGAACACAAGGGCCCACAUGGCUUUGUACUCACUGUCGAAUCUCCCGAGCAUCGAAUUUUACGGAAUAGCUGUGUUCGAAACAUCACACUUACCAAGGAAAACCCGUUCUUUGCCAUAAAUCAAAUUCAAUUUGAUUCCGGUCGUUUGCUCUGCAUAAAGUUGGGCGAGGAUGCCGUUGCCGAAAAUCACAUGGUUCUUACCUUUUGUGACACGAAAUCAAAGGCGAAUCAUGGAAAGGAGGACCUUAUAGAGGGCUGUAGCUAUUACAACCUCGAUCUCGUCUACUCUAUGCAAACUUGCUGUCAAAUGACGCUGAACAUUAGCAGAAGCGAAUACACCCAAAUAUCGAUGGAAAGGGAAUAUUCCUCCCUGCUUAUACAACUGCCCUCCGCCAUCUCAAAUGUGACAUACGAAUUGAAAGCGUUGAAUAUGGGCUCGCUGGCGGUGGCCGCACUUGAUGCGGAGUCUCAGGUGUUGGAUAGAAUGCUCUUUGAGUCGGAGAAUUUGCCCGAGCUACCAACAAACAUUACAUUCAGAGGUGCCCGGAAACUCCAGGUCUCCUGGAUUGGCGGUCGCGUCGCUGACAUUGGGGAAGCCACCGGAUACCUUGGAACCAUUCAUUUUCAAACAUCACCAUGGAGGACAACGCCAGCACCACGGGAGACCUCGCCGAGAAGUGCCAGAAGUGCAUACAUUUCUCUCCUGAAUCUUGGGCUGUGCUUGAUCUCUUAUGGGUUAUUCAGUAAUCUGAAUCUU